AUCUGUUUUUUAACAUUGUGUUAUUAAAAUAGUCUCAUUACAUAUAAGUAAAUAUAUUUCAUAUACAUUGAUCAUCCCUAAAAAAAUUUAAAAUUUAAAUGAAAAUAAUAUUUUGAGAAAGAAAAAAAUAUAUUGGUUUGUAAAAAGGCUGGGUUUGUUUUAAAUUAAAAAAAAAAAAAAAUAUAUUAAAUUUAAUUGAAUUAAUUUUAUUUUUUUAUUUUUUUAAUUUAUUUUUUUUUCUAAAAUUUUUUUUCCAACAAUCACAUUGAUAUUUAAUAAAUUUUUCUUUUCUCUUAUUUUUUAUUAUUUAUUAUCUUUUAUUUCUUUUAUUUCAUAAAUAUGUUCAAAGUUUUAUUCAACUCUAAAAAAAUCCAAUCAGUUGGUCAUCAAACAUUUUUGAAUUUUAGAGCCUAUUCAACAACAAAAAAAGGUAGAUUAGAUGGAAAAGUUGCAUUAAUUACAGGUGGAGCAGAUGGUGUAGGUAAAGAAUCAUCACUUUUAUUUGCAAAAGAAGGCGCCAAAGUUUUAGUAGUUGAUCUAAAUGAAAUCAAAGGAAAAGAAGUUGUAAGCCAAAUUAAAGCCAAUGGUGGAGAAGCCUCAUUUUUCCGUGCUGAUGUCAGUAAAGCCGCUGAUGUUAAAGAAAUGGUUGAAGCUGCAGAAAAAACUUUUGGUAAAUUGAACAUCCUUUUUAACAAUGCCGGUAUUAUGAUCUCUGAAGAUGAUGACUCUGUUAAUACUACCGAAGAAGUUUGGGAUAAAACAAUGAAUGUUAAUUUAAAAGGUGUAUUUUUAGGAUGUAAAUUUGGAAUUCCAGCCCUUAAAAGAGCCGGUGGUGGUACAAUCAUUAAUACUGCAAGUUUUGUUGCUUUAAUGGGUGCUGCAACCCCUCAAAUUGCCUAUACUGCUAGUAAAGGUGGUGUAUUAGCAUUAACUAGAGAAUUAGCAAUUAUCCACGCAAGACAAAACAUCAGAGUCAAUGCAUUAUGCCCAGGUCCAUUAAGAACCGAACUUUUAGAUAAAUUCCUUAAUACUGAUGAAAAAAGAAAUCGUCGUUUAGUUCAUCUCCCAAUGGGAAGAUUUGGUUAUGCAAAUGAAAUAGCAAAUGGUGCCUUAUUCCUUGCAAGCGACGAGUCAAGCUAUGUAACUGCCAACACCUUCUUAGUUGAUGGUGGCUUAACAUCAUCAUAUGUAACUCCAAUUUAAAACCUUUUUUAGAUAAUGUAAAAAAUAUAAAUAAAAAACACAAUUAUAAUAUAAAAAUUAUCCCUCC